CUCUCUGGCAGGAAGCUGUUGCCAGGGCAGCACCCAUGAAGCCUUGCCCUGGCUUCAGAGUCUACCGGUGAGAUGACAUCAAAGCCCUUCAUGCGGGAGGGUGGCAGGUUCUCCCUCACUUCUGGGGACACCACUGGAUGGCACAGCCAGAGGCAGCAGCAGCCUCUUCCCAUGGAUCCUCUGCAAACGGCCCACUCGGGUCCUCGGAAGAAGAGACCCAGGCAGACAGGUGCAUCGACGGCCUCCAUGCCUCAGGACGUCAAAUUUCGAGAUUUGGUCCUCUUCAUUUUGGAGAAGAAAAUGGGAACCACCCGCAGGACGUUCCUCAUGGAGCUGGCCCGAAGGAAAGGGUUCAGGGUUGAAAAUGAGUUCAGUGAUUCUGUCACCCACAUUGUAGCAGAGAACAACUCUGGUGCAGACGUUCUGGAGUGGCUUCAGGUACAGAAAAUAAAAGCCAGCUCACAGCUGGAAGUCCUAGAUGUCUCCUGGCUGAUCGAAUGCAUGAGAGCAGGGAAACCAGUGGAGAUGACGGGAAAACACCAGCUUGUUGCAAGGAGCAACUAUUCAGCUAGCCCCAACCCAGGCCCCCAGACGACUCCACCGCUUACUGUGCCAAAGAUCUCCCAGUACGCGUGUCAGAGAAGAACCACUUUAAACAACUGUAACCACAUAUUCACGGAUGCCUUUGAGAUACUGGCGGAAAAUUAUGAGUUUAGAGAAAAUGAAGGCUGCGCUGUGACAUUUAUGAGAGCAGCUUCUGUACUGAAAUCUCUACCAUUCACAAUCAUCACGAUGAGGGACACGGAAGGAAUUCCUUGCCUGGGGGACAAGGUGAAGUGUAUCAUAGAGGAAAUUAUUGAAGAUGGAGAAAGUUCGGAAGUUAAAGCUGUGUUAAAUGAUGAACGCUAUAAAUCCUUCAAACUCUUUACUUCUGUAUUUGGAGUAGGGUUGAAGACCUCUGAGAAAUGGUUCAGGAUGGGCUUCAGAACUCUGAGUAAAAUAAGGUCGGAUAAAAGCCUGACAUUUACACGAAUGCAGCGAGCAGGAUUCCACUAUUAUGAAGACCUUGUCAGCUGUGUGACCAGGGCAGAAGCAGAGGCUGUCGGCGUGCUGGUUAAAGAGGCUGUCUGGGCAUUUCUUCCGGAUGCCUUUGUCACCAUGACAGGAGGGUUUCGGAGGGGGAAGAAGAUUGGGCAUGAUGUCGAUUUUUUAAUUACCAGCCCAGGAUCCACAGAGGAAGAAGAGCAACAACUUUUACAUAAAGUGAUGAACUUAUGGGAAAAGAAGGGAUUACUUUUAUACUGUGACCUUGUGGAGUCAACAUUUGAAAAGCUCAAGUUGCCUAGCAGGAAGGUCGAUGCUUUGGAUCAUUUUCAAAAAUGUUUUCUGAUUUUAAAAUUGCCCCAUCAUAGAGUGGUGGACAGUGAGAAGUCCAGCCAGCAGGAAGAGAAGACCUGGAAGGCCAUCCGUGUGGACUUAGUCAUGUGCCCCUACGAGCGCCGUGCCUUUGCCCUGCUGGGAUGGACUGGCUCCCGGCAGUUUGAGCGAGACCUCCGGCGCUACGCCACGCACGAGCGGAGGAUGAUGCUGGAUAACCAUGGUUUGUGGGACAAGACCAAGAGGAUAUUUCUCAAAGCAGAAAGUGAAGAAGAGAUUUUUGCACAUCUGGGAUUGGAUUACAUUGAACCGUGGGAAAGAAAUGCCUAGGAAAAAGUUGUCGACAUUUUUUCCCAUUCUCUUCAGGGUUAAAUAAAUUAUGCUUCAUAUUAGUAUGAAUAAAAGAUGCCUCCAGAAAGUU